UGGCUCGAAAGGCCAAGGGAUUGACAUCCCAAUUUUAGCAGUGUCACUGCUUAUUUUACGGCAUGUGCUGUGAGGGGAUUUGCAACUUCAUCGGUUCAAACCGAGGACUUCAGAUCCUGUGGCAGUUGGUUCGGUGUUGCUGGGCCUCUGUGGCCUCAAUCUGAUCGCCAUCGUCGGCCUCUAUAACGAUACGGAAACUACCCCGGGGACCGUCUCAUCCUACUUCGAGUUCUAUAAGGGGACCACCUUCGCUGCGUACUACACGGGCAUUCCGGCGGUCCUGCUGUGGUGGGUGGCUUUGAUCUCACGCUGCUGCGCGCCGUGCUGUUGUACCAUGAAGGACGUGCAAUGCCCCUGCCCCUGCACGCGAUUUCAUCUCCUAGAUGUGCCCUUCUACGUGGGGAUGUAUUUGUGCCUGUAUCCGAUCGGCUUGUGGUACUCCAUCGAAACUGCCGAAGUUCCUGAGUUCUACGACUAUGAUGCAGACGUUUGGUAUGAUCCUGGAUUGUGGCAGAUCCUCGAAAUUGUGCAGCUGCUUGGGGUGUUGCUCUUGUUGCUGGCAUUUCCCUUGGGCAUCUGGAAGUUUCUGAAGAUGAAGACUCCAGCCCCAGCUGCCGCGGCGCCAGGAAUCCAGGCCCAGGUGGUUGGCACUGCGGUGGCGGUGAAUACGUCGAAUGAGAACGACACGAACAACAUGGCCUGAGACCUUGUGGAGGGGUGCGUUUGCAAGAGAAGGACUUCUUCUGAAAUGAACUCAUAUGAAGGGCUUGGAGGGAAAGGUCCUUGAAUAUCAUCCAAACAACCAACCAGUAGAAAUUCCCUGUUUCACACUGGGAUCAUGUAUUCCAGCUCGAAGCCUGCCUGGCUAAGCCAGACUUUGAGUGCGCUGAACUGAAAAGCUGGUUGGACUCUUGGGCAGU